AUGGUCAACCCCACUGCGUCCCUCGACAUCACUGUCGACGGCAAGCCCUUGGGCCGCGUCGCCUUCGAGUUGUUUGCAGACAAAGUUCCAAAAACAGCAGAAAAUUUUCACACUCUGAACACUGGGGAGAAAGUAUUUGGCUAUAAAGGUUACUGCUUUCACAGAAUUAUUCCUGGGUUUAUGUGCCAGGGUGGUGACUUCACAUGCCAUAACGGCACUAGUGGCAAGUCCAUCUACGGGGAGAGGUUUGAUGAUGAUAACUUCAUCCUGAAGCAUACAGGUCCUGGCAUCUUGUCCAUGGCCAGUGAUGGACCCAACAUAAAUGGUUCCCACUUUUUCAUCUGCACUGCUAAGACUGAGUGGUUGGAUGGCAAGCACAUGAUCUUUGGCAAGAUGAAAGAGAGCACAAACAUUGUGGAAGUCAUGGAGCACUUUGGGUCCAGGAAUGGCAAGAUCAGCAAGAAAAUCACCAUUGCCUACCAUGGAGAAGUCUCAUAA